AUGUCAAGCAUCUUAUUCGAAGACAUGUUCAAUGUCGAAUCUGUCGACACCGCUAGAUACAACAAGGUGGCUCGUAUAGUGGGACAAUCAUCAACCUCACAAGAUAUUAAAAUUACUCUUGACAUCAACGCUGAAUUGUUCCCUGUGAAGACCAAUGACUCCUUAACCAUCACAUUGGCCAACUCUUUAGGUAACGAAUCUCUGGCUAUGGCUUCUAAUGGAUCUUGGAGACCUCCCAAUGCUGAUGAGAAGUCAUUGGCUGAUGAUUACGAUUACGUCAUGUAUGGUACUGUUUACAAGUUUGAAGAAAACACUACAGACGAUAAGAUGUCCGUGUAUAUUUCUUUUGGUGGUUUGUUGAUGUGUUUGGAAGGUGGCUACCGUUCGUUAUCUAACUUGAAACAAGAGAACGCAUACAUUUUAAUCAGACAUUAUAAGGACAAUUAG